AUGGUGGAGUUGGGCUUGGGGGUUUUUGAGUUUUGGGGUUUUGCCUCUGAUGGCUUAAUCCUUCCUAAAAGUCGAAUUGUGUUGGGGGUUUCUGAGUUUUGGGCUUGGUGGAGAACAGGGACAGAGCCAGCUAAGGCUCACUGGGUGCAGAUGCCCCUACUCAUCCACUCGAAACCAUGA